AUGCAGCACGACCCCAAUAGCAGCAGCGGCUGCAGCAGAAGCAGCAGCAGCAGCAGCAGCAGCAGGGACUGCCAGGGCGGCAGCAGGGAAGCAGACUGCAGCAACAGCAGCAGCAGCGGCAGCAACAUCUCCGGAGAGGGGCAGUGCGAAGGGCCUCCUUUACUUAGAGACGCUUCGUCAGUAAGCAGCAGCAGGCUGGAGGACAGCGCCAGCAGCAAUGCAGCAGAAGCCGCAGCAGCAGCAGCAGCAGCAGCAGCAAACGUUAGCCCUCAGCCUGUUGAUGCACUCCCGUGUAACUCUGCUUCCAGUACCAGCAGCAGCAGCAAAUACGACAGCCCGCCCCAAGUGCUAGAGAAGCAUUCAGAAGCAGCAGCAGCAGCAUGUGCUGCUGCCGCUGCAGCUGCAGCAGCUGCUGCUGCGGAGACAAUGAAAGGCGCUCCUAGGCUUGGGCAGGGCACAGACGCAGCAGCAGCAGCAGAUGCUGCUGCUAAUGUUGCAGGAGCAGGUGCACGAAGGGCGGCAGCAGCAGAGCGGGCAGCAGCAGCAGCAGCAGCAGCAACAGCAGAAGCAGCUAUUGAGUCUCUUGCUGCCCUCUUAGACAGCCCGCAUCAGCAACCAUCUCGCAGCGUUGCUGCUGCUGUUGCUGCUGUGCACACGGCAACAGCAGAAGCAGAGCAGGCAGCGCUUGCUGCUGCUGCUGCAGCAGCUGCUGCUGCCGCUGCUGCUGCUGCCGCUGCCGCUGCGUCGCAGCAGCCUGCGGAGAGCAAUCACCAGCCAGCUGCAGAGGAAACAACAACAGCAACAUUAGCAGCAGCAGCAGCAGCAGCAACAGCAGCAGCAGCUGCUGCAGUUGCAGAAACAGAAGCAGCAGAUAUAGAUGUUGCAGCAGCAAGCCUGCAGCAGCACCCUAACGCUGCUGCUGCUGCUGCAGACGCUGCUGCUGCUGCGGCUCCCUCCACUGUUGCUAUGGGUAUCUCAGCUGCACCAGAUGCAGCAGCAGCAGCAACUGCAGCGGUAGACUACUCAACAGCAGCAGCAGCAGCAGCAGAAGCUGCGACAUCGGCAGCAGCAGCAGGCAGUCCAGUGCCAGCAGCAGCAGCAGUAGCAGAGCCAUCAGAAGCCGCAGCUACCGGAGAAGCGCUAGCAGCAGCAGCAGCAGCAGCAGCAGAAGCACAAGACACUCCUUCAGCGCCUCCGCCAGCAGCACCACCACCUGCAGCAGCAACAGCAGCAGCACAGCCAGCAGAUCCACCUGGAGCAGCAGAAGCAGUAGGUGACAGAGGAACUGCAGCAGCAACAACAGCUGCAGCAGCAGCAGGUGCAGCAGCAGGUGCUGUAACAGGUAGAGCAGCAGCAGCAGCAGCAGCAGCAGCGGAGGGAGCGCCGCCUUUUCUGUUCUUCUCUCAAGGCCUUGACCUAACUCACCUGUUUUCUGCUAGCAGACAGCAGCAGCAGCAGCAGCAGCAACAGGACGGCGGCCGCGUUGUUGCUGCUGCGGCUGGUGGUGCUGCUGAUGCAGCAACAGCCCCUGUCUCUCCUGCUGCAGCUGGAGACACUUCGAGCGUAUUGCUGCAGCAAGGAGGCCAGCAGCAACCAGCAGAGCACCAGCAGCACGAGGAGCAGGAGCAGCAGGCUGGCGCAUGCAGAUUGGCUGCUGCUGCACAGCGAGUGCAGCAGGAGGAGUGCCCUCCAGCAGCAGCAGCAGCAGCAGCAGCAGCAGCGGGAUCUGCUCCAGAAUUACCAGGAGAAGCCGCUACUGCUGCUGCUGCUGAUCCUGCAGAAGCUGGUCCUCCGUCUGCGCCCCAGCAGCAGCAGCAGCAGCUCCAGCACCCGCAGCAGCAGCAGCAGCAGCAGCAGCAGCAGCAGCACCCGCAGCAGCAGCAGCAGGUGUUUGCUGUUGAUCGCAUUGUGGGAGUGAGGACAACAGCAGCAGGUUGUCUCCGCUUUAAAGUCCGAUGGGCAGGGCUUUCUGCUGCUGAAGAUACUUGGGAGCCGCAGCAGCACUUGCUAGGUCUGGACGUGCUGCUGCAGCAAGCGCAGCAGCAGCUUGGCGUCGAUUGCUUCUUGCCGUGGGGCCCCACAGACCCACGCGCAGCAGCAGCAGCACAAACAACUCAUGCAAGGGAGCAGCAGCAGCUACCCCGUCAGCCCUCAGCUCCCAGCAGCAGCAGCAGCAGCAGCAGCAACAGCGGCAGCGGCAGCAGUAGUAGUAGUAAUAGUAGUAGUAAUAAUAAUAGUAGUAGUAGUAGUAGCAGCAGCAGCAGCAGCAGCAGCGCCGAGGACAGUGCUGUCGAUGGGCAUCCUAAAGACGUUUGCCCGCAUGCAGCCUCAGGCAGCAGCAGCAGCAGCAGCAGCAGCAGUGGCGCUCUCGUCUCAACUCCUGGCGGUGCGCCUGAAGCGUGCAACAGCAGCAGCAGCAGUAGCAGCAGCAGCAGCAGCAGCAGCAGGACGUCUCCGCCUCCGCCUGUGCUGCAAAGUGUUGUUAAGUACCGCAGCAGAUUUGGAAGAGGAGAAUAUCGUGUUAAAUAUUGGGGUGUAUCAUCAGGUGGGCAGCAAUGGGUGGCUGAGCAGCAGCUGCUGCAGCAGCUGCUGCUGCUGCCGGAGACAGCACUUUCUGCUGCUGUGAGGCAGCAAGCUGCUGCAGCAAAGGAACAGUGGAGAGAAAGAGAGACUUUACACAACAGCAGCAGCAGCAACAAUAGCACCAGCAGCAACAGGAGCAGCAGCAGCACAAGCAGCAGCAAUAGCACCAGCAGCAGCAGUAGCAGCAGCAGCGAAGAACUGCGAUGUCGUCUAGCAUAA